AUGCCCGUCGAAGCCGCGUCAAGCUCGGAUGAGGAGGAGGAGGAGGAGAUGGCCGCCCUCUCCGAUUGGGAGAUGGCGGCGGAGGAGGGGACCGAUUUCUUCACCGAUUGGGCGAUGGAGGGGACCGCCGUCUUCCCCGAUUGGGCGAUGCUGGAUCGCAUCGGCCGCACCCGCUGCCACAAGGACCUAGACGCUGCUCGUCGGGUUGUCAACAAGAACAAGACCGCCGCUCAACUCCGCAUUGACCACGGCCGCUCCUGCUACGUGUCCUUCACCCUCGCGGCUCCUCCAAAAGGGGUCUCCUACCUCAACCUCCACUGGCCGAUGCGAGAAUGCUCCGACACCAAGCCCCCCGCCUAUCCCUUCGUCCGGGCAACCGACAAGGACCUCGUCCUCUUCGACAUCGACAUCCUGAGCCGGAUUUGCGCCCCGUCAGAUCUGUUCGUCUACACGGCCGCCGGUCCUUCCCCCUCGGUGCAGUUGCUCCCCCGGUACACCGAGGACAGGAGGAGGAAAAGGCGGUUGUUCCUGAUGGAUAAAUUCUCCACAGGCAUCCUGCGGCUCUCGGAGAAGCGCUACAUCGUUGCCGACCUCAGUGUCCUGGAUGGUGCACUCUUCGUCUUCGACUCCUCCCAGACUGAAGAGUGGACAAUCAUCCCCAUUAUGCCUGGCCUGAUACGUUGGCACGCACCCAAGCAGAAGCAGAGCAGUGGCAAGCUCCCCAAGCUCUGGUCAACUGACGAUGUGCUCGCUCUCGACGACCGUUUCCUGUGCUGGGUUGACUACUUCAGCGGUGUCCUGCUAUCUGACUUCUCUUCCACUAGAGGUUCCCCGCCCCUCCACUUCGUACCUUUCCCUGGAGAAAAAGAAUACCCUGAAGAGCUACGGGUCUCAAGGCACUUCCCUGGGAGGUUCCGAAGUGUGUCCAUUAGCCAAGGCAAGAUGCGCUUUGUCCACAUUGACAAUGACUUCCAUGAGACAAUCCACGAUGAUGAUGACUCGCCAUGGCAUCAGCUUCCUCGCAUAACAAGCCAAGGGCAGCAGCAUAAGGGUCCCCAAAAAAUCACCAUUUGGACUUUGAACUCCGACAAAUUCAGUUGGGAGCAACAUGCCAUGAUCAACCUGGAUGGUCUAUGGGCGCAACGUUGUUACAAAGCUCUGGACAUACAGCAGCGUCUUCCCGAGUUCCCAGUCGUCAGUGUGGAUGACCCGGAUGUUCUAUGCUGCCUGUUAAGGGAGAAGGAAUUUGGUGGCAAGGGGUGGAUGAGCGUGAUUGACAUGAAGCUUGCGAAACUGCAGGCAUGUACUCAAUAUAUCAAUCGACGGUCCUACUGUGCUGAGUGCAAGGAUGCGGGCUGUGCUGAGUGUGUGGAUGACAAAAACGAUUUCCCUAAUAUGCCCCUACUUCCAACUGUCUUCUCCUCCAAACACCUUGAAAGGCCAACUGGGGUGGCAUUGGACAACGACAAGGUUGCAACUCGUCUUUCAAGUAAGUCUGCAAGGUUUGUUCCAAAGAGGCGUAAGUGUGCAGCGUAA